ACGUACGCUUUCUGCUUCUUGCUUGGCUGCUCUGCACCAGCAUCCCUUUUACGCUCCGUCCAGCACUCUUCCAGCCUAUGUCUCCCCUUUGUGCAGCUUGCUGUCUGGUGUGCUUAUGUGACUGAUACCACUUCUGCUAGAGUGUUGAGGCUGUAUGACACCACAGCAUGUCGCCAAACAGCUUCUGCUCUGCCUUUUUUUAAUUUGCUCGCUGGAUCCCCACAGCUGACAGAAGACAGGAAGAGAGAGAGUGGGAGAGUGAGAGGGGAAGACGGGGACACAAACAGGGGGUCGUGGUCUGAAUUCUCCACACUGGACAGAGGUCCCUGCACUUCCAUCCUGGGACAGGAGGGGAAAAGAGGGAGGGACUGAAAGCAGGAAUACCUUGCUCCAAAGAAACAUAAGACAGCCACAUUUUGGUUUUGUCUAAACUUAACUGUAACAGGACAGUACGCAAUAUUGGGACACACGCAAGGAUUUGGACAAGAAAGGUGAUAUCAUGGCGUCAUUGGACAACACCGGCUGGAGUGUGCCAGGUCUGCUGGUUGCACUGCUGCUGGUUUUUGAGUUAGGAGUAUUGCGCAUUUGCGGACUGGAGGUGACUACAGGAAAAGUGUCAAGAGUAGAGGCAAUGAAUGGCUCCACAGUGCUGUUACCAUGUAACUAUUCCUCCUGCAUUGGCAUUUACAAUCUCUACUUCAGCUGGCAUUAUAACGACAAUGGAACGAUGAUCAAGUUAUGUGAUGGUGUGGUUCCCAGCGAAGGUGUUGAACCCAAGGUCAAAGUAGAACACAAGCGAGUAGAGUUCGUGGGCUCUUCGAAGAGCCGUGAUAUAUCCAUUCUGCUGUGGAACAUCACAUUUGAAGACGAUGGAGAAUACACUUGUUUCGCGAAAAACCCUAAGGAAAAGGGCCGCAACCACAGCACUAUCUUCACUCUCAGAGUGGUUGAUGAAAUGACCGUAAUUGACAAUACAUUAACUGUCAUCAUCGUCUCAGUGUUGGCUGGAGUCAUUGGUUUAGUUAUCAUUGUGAUGAUAAUAAAGGCCUUGGUGGUCCAAUUCCUACUGAAGGAUGAUGAAAAGAAUAAAGAGUGCCUGGUUAACGCCUCAGGGAACGACAACACCGAAAAUGGACUUACAGGAGCCAAAGCUGACAACAAAGGAACCCCAAAGGCAUGAGCAAAAAUAUAGCAGACGUCUGUACGUUUGUGUAUAUUUAACAAAUAUACACAAUGAAUGGACUGUCAUAUCUAGUUUGCUUAAUAGUACACCAUACAAAUGCACAGUUAAACCAUUGCUUGAAUUUGAAAAUGUUUGUAGAAGACUGGGUCACUCUUGUUCACAUGGCGGCCCAUGAGUUGCAGUGGUCACUCUGUAUUGUCAAAAUCCCGUUUAUUUCCCCUACGCUACUUUAAAGUAUAUAUUGAUUCUUCUCGAUCAAUACUAUGUUUAUUCUUUUUCGCCAAGUAGUUUCAAGCUAAUCUCAAGCUAAUUUCAAUCUAAAAGCUAAAAGCUUCAAGUUUCAAGCUAAAAACCUGAACAUUAAUCAACUGUAGGAAUGAUGCCAAAAGGGACUGGAAUCUUUGACAAGUGCAAAAUAACUGAGAUAGCUCUCCCAAACCUGGGGGUGUGAAUAGCAAAAAUGCAUUACAGUCAAAUUAGUUCCAAUCUUAGCUCAAAGUUCUAGCUUAGAGUUUGCAUGUUCCCCUUACUUUUUUUUCUUUCUCUUUGUCUAUAUUACUCCCACAUUCCAAAAACAUGCAUGUCCAAUUACAUUGAAUAAUCAAAAUUGGGUUCUGAAUCUGGGUGUGAUUGGUUUCUGUCAAUACGUGUGCAACCAGUCUAGCCUACAGCUCACAUGUGAACUGAUAUGUGAUGGGAAAUUGAUAGAGGUUAGAUGUAUGGAAAUAUUCUACUGUAUUUUAGGAAUGAAUCUCAUUUCCAAAGACACUUGACUUCUUUUUGUUGCUGCUUUUUCACGAUAACAAGGUGUAGGUUUACAUUUAUUCUGUUAAUGUUGCUCUGAUCCUGUGAAAUUAUGAAAUCCAUAUUUGAAUGUCCGCCAUCAAAGUUCAGUUCAGGUCAUUAAAAACCAAAAAGCGGCUUUUGACUGACUACGGACUAGCCGACAGGGCUUCCUAAAGCAAAUGAAUGAUCCGUUUUUUCUCAGUUAGUCUUCGUUUUAAGUUUAGGUUUUCGCUUUAGCUAAUAAAACAUGUGCCUGCUCUGCUUCUUCUCCCUCUGUUGAUGGGAGGAUUAAAUCACAGCAAAUGUAUUUUUUUUUAAUCGUAUACGCAUCAAACCCUCCUCCAAGACAAUCCCAAGACUACCCAGCUCCCUAGAGAGAAUGAAAUGAACAGUACUGCUUCUGAAUUGUCAAUAAUGUAUUAUUUAGUUGUUUUUUUAGCCUGCGUGCAGUUGUGAACUCACCAUACAUGUACAGUACAUGUCGUCUACAACACAGGAGGAAUUUGUGAAUUCACGAGGUCGUAAAUAACCCUUCAUAAGGUUGCAAAUAACCCUUCAUAAACUGCAAACAUUGUCUGUCGAUGGCAGACAAGCAAGUUGGAAUAAAAAGGAAAACAUUUGUAGAGUUGUAAUAUCAAGAGGUUAAGUCUGUUAUUAUGCGGUAGGAAUAUAUAUCGAGAAUAAAGUGAUUAUAAUUUUGAGAGAGAAAAAAAAAUCUAAACAUUUUGGGUAGAGUACCUGCAUUAUGAGACACUUUAGAAUUGGUUUCACAAAUGAGAAACUUUAAUGAAACAUCAACACUGUCAUCAACUGUUACAUUAAAUGUGUUUGUAAUCUAACCCCGCUAGCUUGUUAUCAUUCAGAAUACAGUAAAUAGUCUCUUAUAUCACCGGGUGAAUAUGUGUCAGAUUUCAGAUUGGAACUGCCAUUUUCAAAACUUCAUGUACAGUACAUUGUUUUUUUUGUUUUUUUUUUCUGUUAAAGACUAUUCUUUCAACUUUGGCCUCGUAAAAUUAACAAUAUUCUAGAAUACUCAUAACUUCAGUUUGGUACAGCUUUACAACUUUUUGUCUAACUGUUACUUUACAUCUCAUUUCUUGGCAUAUUCUUUUCCCCAUAAAUUUGAUCUAUUCGUAUCAUACUCGUAGUAAAGUAGGGAUUCAUGUCCACAAUAAAAUAAGAUUGAUAGAGAUUUAACAAGAAUGAGAACAUUUUUUUGACCAAAAAAUAAAUAAAUAAAUGUCACGUGACUGUAUUCCAAAAUGGAGAGAAAGGAAUAAGUUCAGUGCCAUCCUGCCACUACCAUGUGCCCUCUAUGCAAUUCUACCAGAGGUUAUUUAGGAAGUUGGCACACAAGCCUGCCACACACCCUGACAAAUACCUGAGAUAGAAGGGACAGCUGAGCACCACACACACACACACACGGACUCAUAUUUUAUGUGGUCACAUACCAGAGAAUGGUGCACAGGCCUAGCACACAAACAAUACAGCACUUUACCACUGUUCAGAGUGGCGGCACAAUUCAAAGAAUGUUCAUUUUUUCUUUUUUUAGAAAACAAUUUUAAAAAAUCAGAACAUUAAAAAGCAACAGCGGCCAGGUCAUUGGUCAAUCGUUCAUAUUUUUCACACGGCCUAAACUGCUGGUCUCAUAUUUAUUUUACGACUUUUCCUUUAAGCUUUUAAUGGAAGCAAUAAUAUGUUCAUAAUUAUGCAAUAAUAUGUUAAAAGGCACUUUAGAUAUGUGUAAGGCCUUUCAAAGGUACUGUAUAGGCACUGGUAAAGAAACACAUGGGCUAAGGCAUUAAAUAUAUUUAUAUUAGACAUAGUCCCAUACAUACUGAUUUCUCUUUCCUUGGUCAAGGAAGUUGAAUACCUUACGGCUCUAAUUAUAAUAUUAAAGAUCUUUUGACUUUACAUGAGAAAAUACAACCCCACAAUAUACUGUAUAUGAUUAUAUUAUAUAUUAUAUUAUUAUUUUACUGAUAGCACUGUAGCAUGCAAUAUGCUCUGUUGUCAUCUCAAAGAAAACACUGUCUAAUUGUAACAGUUACAAAUUGUCUCUUUGAAUGUAUCUAGCCAUGAAUGUCGAUAUUAUGAAAUAUUACAAAGUGUAGGGUCUACCCACAUUCCAUACACACUUUUGGAAAAAUAGAUUUGAAAACACUUAUUUAAUGAAUUUAGACCUCCUAAAUCUCAGUUUUUCAUCUUGCCAAAAUUUGAUAUCCAGGUAGUUCCACUCUUCCAACAAAGACAGGAAGCUGUGAUAAUGCAGCUGCAAAAGCGGGACUAAUUACAUAAUGAGUAUAAGGCCAAGUUGCACCAGUACAUAUACUGUAAUUUUUGGACUAUAAGUCGCUACUUUUUUUCCCUUAUUUUGAAUCCUGCAUCCUUCAGUGCGGCUUAUUUGUUGAUUUAUUUGGGUUAAUAGAUAACACUUUAUUUGACAGCGGCGUCAUUGGACUGCUAUAAGACCGCCAUACUGUAAUUAUGACAUGACACUGUCACGGGCAUUAUUGAAUGUUUAUGGCAGAUGUCAUUAAGUGUCACCUAAAAAAUUUUGUCCCUAACUCCAUUUAUGUCCAUCUUGGAUCUUUUACAUCUAUUCAAAAGUGAGAUAAUUUGCCGGAUGACACAAAAUGGCAUCUUGUCAUAUACAUUCAUUAAUGUUCAUGGCAGUGUCAUGUCAUAUGUCUUAUGGCGCCACUGUCAAAUAAAGUGUUACCAAUUACCAUAACUAGCAAUUAAUGAAACAACUGGGACAGUAACUGAAGAAAUAAUUAGCACAGAACAUGAAUUUUGAUUGUUAUUUACAUUUUGUAGUGCUGCAAUGCAUGCUAGGAGGCAUGUUGAAGGACAACAGUGUUGACAGCAGGUGGAGCAGUGAGGCCAAAUGAAGCUUCUUGAAGCAAUGAAACGUUUCAGCCAGUUGGUUCAAAGCUUCAUGGUGGUUCAUUUGGUUUUAUGACAGUCUUACGAUGCCGCUGUCAAAUAAAGUGUUACCGAUUAAUAUCUUUUGGUGAAAAUAUACCAUUAUACAGUGAGGACAACUGCGGCUUAUAGUCAAGUGCGGCUUAUCUAUGAACAAAUGCCGUUUUCGUGUCAAAUUUCGUGGGGGCGGCCUCUAGUCAGGUGCGCUUUAUAGCCCGAAAAUUACGGUAUGUUGGGUCGUGUUAAAAAAAAAUGCCAAUACUUUGUCAGCAGACAACGCUUGCCUAACCCAUACCAUAUUUUACUAUACAUGAAAAAGGGAUCUACAAACAGAUUACAAAUGUUGCCAUUUAACUCUUCCUUCAUCAAGUAUUUCCUCAUAAAAAUGAAGGCGCAGAUUUGUACGUAAUAGCUACAAAAUCACUCAAGCAUUCAGUAACAGCAAUUGAGUGUUUUUUUAAUACGGUAUUAUAUACUUUUUAUGUGUUGUAUAAUUGAUGACAUGUGAAAGUACAACAAGUAGAGCAAACAGUAGCAACUGAUGUGCUAAAGAUACAAACUUCCCCAAAUAUCCUGCAGAGAGAGGUAGUACAGUGGAGCUGAAUAUUUGUCAUACCUCAGACGCAAUGCGGACAUAAUUACUGAGUACAUUUGUUGCACAUAUUUUUGUUCCCUGAUAAGCCAAUUUGCUUGUCCGUUGUGACUUCACAUUUUAUAUUGCUGUGCUGCUCAUCCUGCAAAUGCAUGCAUGCUUACAAAUGGGGUUUCACUUGAUAGAGAAAUAAAUGUACUUUCCAGAUGGAUAGAAAUAUUCAUAGUUGUACUGUUACUACACAGAUGAUGAUGAUUUAUUAUUUCUAGAAAGACAUACAGUAGUUUACUUCAGCCAGUUAAUAGUUAUAAUGAAUGACGUCAGGUGUGCAUGCAUUAUUCAUGUUGAUUGAUGUCACAUCUAAACGUAACCUCUUAUACACCUUUGUCCCUUUCCUCGUUCUGACCAGUUCUGUCUUUCACCAAAGUAGACGAGUCCUCAUCAGCUGACUGUGUACAACUAUUGCUGCAGCACUAACUAUAAUAUUCUGUAUAAUAUCCAUCAAGCCAGGUCGGCAUGAGAGGCUUGUAGUCUUAACUCAUUUAUUUCAACAAUUAAAUGUGUACAUAAUAGAGAAUAAGGCAAAAAGUAGUGUUUUCACGGUAUACGUAGAUAUACCUGACUAUAAUACAAGUGUCACAACACAUUCUACAUAAGCCUAAAAGUGACACAAAUUACUUUUUUGUCAGGUAGUUUAUAGUCACAUACCAGCCUGAGUCACAUAUUUUAAUCGUUUAUACUAAAUUCUAAGGCUUGUGGGGACCGGACCACAAAGACGUGAAUGAAAUUACUUCAAAUUGACAGCUAUAUAUGGGAAGAAACGCUGCCAUUGAAUAGUGAACGUACUGUAUUCAGGCAAAAGAAUUAAGAUGGGGAUUGACCACUAUGUUUUCUUACCGUAAAUUGUUUAAACUGCCACAGCAGCUGGAACUCGUACUGCCAGUCCAGGAGUCCCAUGUCUGCCCAAAUAUGACACUGGUACCUUUUAAACAUUUAUCAAAUGAACUGCAAUUAUCACUAUAAUUACUAGUGAUUUUUAACACUAUAGAUUACGUAUCUAUAGUAAUCAACACUGACCACACUGCCGAGUUCGCUCCCACAUUCCACUCAAAUCUAAAGCUCAAAUCUCUGAUCAAUGCACUUCAACAGGAAUCUUAACAGUUAGGAUGGAGGACGAAAAAAGCAAUGCAGUACAUCCUUACUUUACAACAAACCGAAAUGUUUUAUCAAAUAAUGCUCAUGUCAUAUAUAAACACAAAAUGUACAGUUCAAAAGUGUUGCGGCAAUUGUAUGCAUUUUACUUCCAACUAUUGUGUACUGUCAACUGAGUAUUCAUCUAAUGUAUAACACACACCUGCAACCCCAGAUAUCCUGGAUUCAUGUUCCUCUGAAUGUCAAUUGUCUCUCUGUAAUCAUACUGCUCAUGCUCACUUCAUGACUAUGCACUUAAUUAUAUAUCUUGACUUGUGAAAAGACAUGAUUAUGUAAUGUAAAUAAAAGGAUUCUAAUUGCCAGACUAAGUGAAGUGUCACGGUUUCUGAUACAAAAGAGUGAAAUCAUUGAGGUAAUUAUAAUGGGGUAUUUACAAA